GCGCCGGAACGGGGGCCUUGAACCGCAGUGUCCCAGUAGGCGGUUGAGCGAAGGGGAUGCCGAGCCAUUUCUCGGUGCCAUUCGCGGUGGAGACGCCACGGACGGAGCCUGUCGAGAGCCUCACCACCAGUGCGUCUGACGCGAGUGGGGAUGCAUCGACGAGGGUGUGCAGCGUUGCGGCCAGGAGCAAGAGUAGCAUGAUCUCGACCCGGAUGCUGGUUUAGAUCGAGGAAGAAGGUAUGAGGGAUGCACUAUAUAGCGGACCCAAAGAUACGCGUGGAGUGCUCAAUGUGACCAUACCAUUGCCUGAAGGAGGGUUUCAUUUCAGAACUGCUCGGGCUGCUAGACCGAGCCCUUGAUCGAAGAUAGUGCGAAUGAGUCUCGACUCGUUCAAGGCAUCUUGAUUAUAUGAAAGCACUGGAGAAUGUGGUCUUCUUUGUGCGUGGCAAUCAGAGUCAAGUUCCGUCGCUGAGAAGUUUAAGUAAGUUGAGAGAACGACUGUAUCACAUGACCGCGAUGCACGUGAUGGCUUUCUUGCUUACCGCGGGUGGUUGUCCAGUGCCUGGUCCCAACCGACUCCGAGUAUGAGGUGUCCAUUCGCGAAUUUUUGACCGCUAAAAAUUAACCAGAUCAUGGUCGGGACCAACUACAUGGGAGGCAAGAGAAAUGCCGCCCGAGCGCGCACGAACGACACGACCGCCCGGACUCAGAAGAAGCAUUUCAGCCGGCAGCGGUUCCUUGCCAAAGGGGUCGGAGGCGGAACCGGUGCGGUCAGCGCCCCGACGUACGGCCCCCGCGCGACAAUCGAGGACAUCGCGCUCUCUCACGCACGGCAAGCGCGCGCAAAUCGAGAAACGGGUAGUAUGCUUGGGUCUGCAGAGACAUCUCAGCGUCUCCCUCCUCGAGACGCGCAUAUACGCACCGGAGGACGCGAACGGUCCCGCAUAUCGAGCAGCGCGCACUCCGCGGCGUCAAGCUCCCGGCUGAUCACCGCGCUCGACACAUCCGAACCAACGGCCAUGCGAGCGGCCAUAACCCGGAUCCUGUCGAUCCCCGACCUCGCGGGUCUCGCGCAGCAGAAGCCGCACCGGCUGCUGGACUCGCCAACACGGAUCCAGGAGCGCCACCAGCCCGGGAAGCGCAUCCGCAAGGCCUCUCCGGCGCCUCCGACCCGUACACAGGAUGGUGGUCUGGGCACUGCGGCGAGAGGAGGGCAGGUGAAGCGCCGACGCUCUUCAGACGCAUCUGGACACUGGGGCGAUGGCGACCAGGAAGCGCCAGAGCCCUGUAUCGACAUGUUCUCAAGUGCGCCAGAUGGGCCGAGAGUGCCUCACACCUACGAAGUGAAUGUGUCACUUCCGGAGCAUGACGAAGAGCCACCCGAGGAGGACUUCAUCCCUGUCGAGUUUUCCGAUGACGACGCGGACAAAAAUGAAAUCGGUCCCUGUGGCUGGGAUGUGCGGUCCCAGCGGAGUGCUACCGAAUCGACACUGAAACAGCGUGCUGGGCUCUCGGAAUCGAGUUCGAGCGAUCUAUCUCUCUCGACGCCCGGCGUUCCUCAGUCGCCAGCAAGUAGUCCACCUCUCGUCAAGAUGGCUUCGUCUCCUCUGGAAGCGACCCCAACGGAACCUGUCGCUCUUCUCAGACCCUGCGUCCUGCUAACUUCCUGCACCUAUGGCCUCAACGACCACGGGCCCGAAUCUGUUGAGCGACUGCAAGAUAAUCUGUACAGCUACAGAGAUCCAUGGAGAGCUAUCGGUGUGAUGCUCGGACUGGAAGAGGAGAACGAGACGAACAUGGCGCUCGAGCCGCUCAGCUUACGAGACGAUAUACUCGAGGCGCACGGCUACCGACGUUCUUCCGAUGCUUUGCAAGAUCCUGGCGCUGCUCUUCUAUCAUCGACCCCUCUCUCGCCGAAGCCAUCUUCCGCCCUUCAAGGUGAAGAUGAACCUGCUGCUAGUCUUGUGCAUCAAGCAGACCCCUGGAACUUCUCCUCGCCUUCUGCAACUACAAGAAUCUGCAAGAGCUCGCCACCUCGCGCAAAACCCGAGUAUCAAGUCCACGAGCGACUCAAGUUCACCAAGUUUCCUGUGUAAGACGCGCUGAAAGCCAACCGUGACGCAGCCUGCACUCUACCGUACAAAACGACGCCUACUAGCCCGAAUCAUCAAGUCUUGUCCCCCAUUGAUGUCCGCAGCAGUCGGGUACCACUAUCCAGACUGGAUCUGCUUAAAAGUCGGUCUCCGCUUACGUUUGCCCUCGACGAACGACCGAAUAUUGUGCCGAACAUGUCCGAGGCGGUCAGUACGCUAUCGUUCGACUCACCGGGAGAGUCCAUAGCGGCGAUGAGCCGGAUGGACGCGGUCGAGACUUAUCCUGUGGAAGAGAGCAAGUGGGCUUUGGACUUCGUCCCGGUCCCUCCGAUGCCCGAGCGCUUCUUUGGUAAACUCAACUUGCUAGAGGACGGACAGGAGGCCGACACAGCCGAGUGGUGGCGGUCUAGUGAUCAGGGAGCAGUGAUCCAAUGUCAUUUGUAAUGAAGAAGCUAUUGAUAGUUCUGAGACCCUCUUCCUUCGACCGUGGAUCGAUCGGAUGAACUGUGUCCUUGGACACGAAUGUCGUACGCAUAACCUUUUCUACCAGGCUGGUCGUGUGGUCCCUCGAAGUGGAGCUCCGAC